UCCUUUGGUGUCGACACUGUCGGACGUCUGAUUUUUUUUUCUUUCUUUCUUUCUUUCAAGGAUGGUUUUGUUCUGCCUUCAGAUACCGUAACACUUGUGUUUUUGGUACAUUGAUGCUGUUACAGAGUACAAGGAAAGAAAAAGGAAACCCCGACAAAACGGAGGGAAUAGAGUUCAAACAAAAAAUAAACUAAACGAUAUCUUUGAUAUAUUGCUGUUCCAACGCAGGUGACGGGAAAGUAAACGGGGAUUCGGUGGGCUAUGAUUUGGUGGUUCUCUACUUUGGUCAGUGUACUAUAAAGCACAUAAUGCUGCCUAAACUGCACUUACAGACACUGCUGACCACAGUCAUGCUCUUGGCGCCGCAGGUGGAUGUGAGUGAAGAAGAUUCUCCCAAGGCUCCCACGGACCUGAAGUGCGCCACACAUGACAUGCUAACGUUCAUCUGUUCUUGGAGUGCUGGACCAGAAACAAACCUGAAAACCUCCUACAAAAUCUGUUACAAGCCAACUCACUGUGAGAGUGUUGAACGAAAUGUCAGUGGAAAAAUAAACCUGCCUCUGAUUGAAGCAGCACAAAUACACAUAACUGCAGUAAAUACGCUUGGAUCAGCCACUGCGACCUUUCAAGUCACCAAAAAGGACAUUACAUUUAUUCCCCCUGUGCCUCAGAAUGUUAAAGUUGUGCCAGAUUUUUCAUCUCAAACCUUGUCUUUGAAAUGGACUGGUGGUAUCUCAGCACUUGUUAUUCCCACAACCAUUGAAUUUGAGAUUCAAGUUCUCUGGACUGAAAAGAUGGAGGUUAUACACACUGAGAGUUAUGCAGCACAAUUAGAUAGCCAAAAUAAAACCUUUCAGUGGAGCUGGAUCUCUAGCAUGCCUUUGAAGUGCACCUCACACUCUGUGAGAAUUCGAUCCAUCAGCACUGAUAUUUUAAUGAGUUCAAAAAACAGCAGCAGUGACUGGAGCAAACUGCAAACUAUUCCAGGGGCUGAUGACUCAGAAAGUGUCAUGUUUCCAAAGGAUAAAGUUGUGAGUGUAGGCACCAACAUGACAUUUUGCUGUGUUGCUGGGAGAGGUCACCGUAUUAAAACUAUAAACUAUGGUGAUGAACAGCUGCCCUGCAAUGAAGUCGGGAACAGGAACAAGGCAAUCACCAAGUACAACCUGCCCCCUUCGGUUUCCAGUGGGACAAACGUCAUAUGUAAACUGGAUCCUGUUGGCGUUGCUGGGACUGUUGUGUUUGUAGGAUAUCCACCAGAUGAUCAACAGCUAGAGUGUGAAACACGUGACUUGCAGAAUAUUGACUGCCACUGGAGCCCUGGUAGACAAACCAUGUUAUUAGGAAAGCAUAAAACGUUCUACACACUCAGAGAAAGGUUUACAUUUUCAUGUCCUAAGGCUAAUGAUGAUGCUGAUCCCAAUGGUGAUAAAUACAAGUGCAGCUUUCCUGUGAUCAACGGCCACCAAAUGUAUGAAUUCCUGUUGAAGGCUAAAAAUCCUUUGGGAGAAGUCGAGACUAGUUACACGCUGAACCUGUAUACCAGAGUGUAUCCAUAUAGGCCCAGUAAGGUGGUGGUGUGUUAUAUUGGCUCUAGAGAAACUGAGCUAUCCUUGUCCUGGGGAGUGAGUUACAAAAAUAUGACCAAUCUCUGUCAGUUUGAGAUUAUAACUAACAAUAAGGAGAAAGAACUGAGGAAUUUUACUUUACCUGGCCAAGAAGCAAAUGCACUGUCUAAUGUCACUGUAAAGCAGUUGUAUCCAGACACAUCCUACAGCGUCCGCACUCGUUGUGCAUCUGCAGAGCAUUUUUGGAAGUGGAGUAGCUGGAGUAACAGUAAAACAUGGAAAACUAAGGAAGAGGCUCCAUCAAAAGCUCUGGAUGUUUGGAGAGAGAUUAAAAGGACUGAGCAUGGUCAAAAUGUAUUUGUCAAAUGGAAGCCUCUUCCCCACUCUGAUGCGAAGGGCACCAUUGUGAAGUAUGAAAUAACCUGGAAGGCUAUGAAUGAAGUCGGUGAGCAGUCAGCCUUUGCUCCUGUGUCUACCAACAGCACAGAGCUGCACCUUAACUUCAGCGAUUACAUCAUCUCGGUCAGAGCAAUCAAUUUGGCUGGCUCCUCUCCUACUUCUCAGAUCAGGAUCCUAGGACUGCUUGAAGAACAAGUUGAUGAACCCUCUAUAAUUUCUGGCACUCCCAGUGGCUUUAACCUGAGCUGGUCUCCUGGCACCAAUGAGACCUGUGGGUAUAUUGUGGAUUGGUGUCUUUUUCCAGACACACCGGAUUGUAAUUUGCAAUGGCAAAAAGUCCCACCCAAAACAACCCACACAGUGAUAACAUCAGAUAGCUUUAGACCUGGUGUGAGGUAUUCUAUUUCUGUCUAUGGAUGUUCACAGCACAAAGAGUACCUUUUGGAGAAGAUGGCUGGGUACACACAGGAGUUAGCUCCAAGGCGGGCUGUGAAGGUAAAAGCGGAAGCAAACUCUUCACAUACAGUCACUUUGUGGUGGGGGGACAUCCCGGUGCAGGAUCGCCGAGGUUUCAUUAAAGGAUACAGGGUGUACUAUGUCCCGCAGGUGAACUACAGUGCCAGAUCCCAGAAAUCAGUAGGUAUUAAAGAAGUGAUAGACAUCACAGAUCCUGAUGUCAGGAAUGUAAAGGUGACAAAUCUCCACAGCGCUACAUAUGAAUUCACAGUUAGGGCUUAUACUGCUGGUGGAGAGGGCAUUGGAGAACCUAUCAAUAUCAACUUGGUCGACAGCUCUUUGGGGUUAAUUCUUGCGAUUCUCAUCCCACUGGCGACUACCUGCUUCUGCGGAAUUCUUUUAGGGAUCUGUUACGCUAAGAGGAAUUGUGUGAAGGAGACUUUCUAUCCUGAUAUCCCCAAACCAGAGAUACAUGGGGAACAAUGGUCUGUUGGAGAGGGGAGGAGCUGUAACCCAACUUUUGAUGUGAAGCCUUUUAUGCCUGACAAAGUUUGUGUCAUAGAAAGCGUGCCUGGUAAAGAUGCAGAAGACUCUGAUAUAUGCAAAGUGGAAAUGGAUAAAUGUGACAGCGAGCAGAUUGAUGACAGCUGCUCUGAUACAUCCUCCAAACCCAUGCUUCCAUCGUACCAUCCCCAGAUAGUUGACUCUUACAAAGCUUCAUCAGAUAGCUCAAGUGGGUCCAUAGAUUCCUGUGCCACCCAGGUCACCUAUAGUGACAUUCAGCCACCAUCCAGUGGAUCAGUAAAUAACUUGGAAGUAAUUUCAGACUCUGGAUACAAGCCACAAAUGAGAACGCAUGUGCCUCUUCUAGAUGUGAAUCACACUCCUAAUCCACAGCAUCUUGAUCUUCCAGAACAGAGUGAGGGUUACCUGCCACAGGUAAAAGUAAACAACUGGAGCUUGUAUUCUCCUGAGGUGGAUGAGGCCACUGCGUGUAUCGGCAGCCCCACCUCUGUCAACUCUACUCAGUUCCUGCUGCCAGAUCAGGCUUCAGAGGAAGGCCCGUCCUCCCGAUCGAGCAGCUGGAAGUUCUCUAGCUUAAUGUCCAGUGAACAGAAACGUUAACCCAUCCCUUGGAACUGAAACAGCUGAGAGCACAGCUAAAAGAGCACCAGUUCCACGGAAAUACUUUUCUGCCGAGAAUGUGAAAUUCUGAUCUGUGUACCAGUCCAUAGUCUCAGCUUACGCAUUUCAAGCUUUGUCCUAACCUGUUCUUUAAUUGUUUUCCCAUGGUUAACUAUGUUCUGUAUUAAGACUGCAUAGCAUUAUGAUUCCCUGAUAACUACCAGAAAGGGGUAUGUGAGUGUGGAUAAAUAACAAAGUUAAAAAUUGGAAACCUCAUGGUUGGAGUUGUCUUAAUCCCACCAGUCGAUGCCCUUCAAAGCAAAUGGGACUUAGGACCUUGAAUCUCACAGAAAUUCAAUUUAAACAACCAAUCCAAAAUAUAACCUAAAAACACAAUUUACAAAAUGUCUAUAUACUAUACACACACAUACAGGUUUAUAAGUAAUGUGGCUUCUGCUUUUGGAUGUCAAUAUUUAAAUAUGGUCAUAUAUUUGGUUGGGACUGUCCAUAGAAUAGCCAAUAGAUGAAUGAAUAUGAACGUAUUUUUUAUUAAAACCAACAUGACUCUGUACACUGCUGCUAGCUAGCAUGACUGACUGAGGCAGUUAGCAUAAGCUGUUAGAUUCUUAUAAUACCUACUUACAUGUUGAUCUUUUGUCUGUGCUGUUUCAGAGCUUCUUUAUUGUAUGUCUGAUAUCCCUUUUGAGGGUAGUCAAUCGGUGCAUUUAGAGAAUUCCAAUAUUUUUCGGAAAACCUAAUUCCAAUAUCAAAAGUCACGUAAGCACAGUUUUCAGAAAAUGUAUCGGAAUAUUCUGAAAGUCAGUAUUCAGAAAGCCCAACACCUAGAAAUUUCCGAUUAAAUUCCGAAAAUUAACAAAAUGUAUAUCAUGUAAAAACACUUUUCGGAAAACUU